AUGGCUGACCUUUCCUGCAGCGGUGGAGUGAAGAGAAAGUUGGCAGCAGGUGUUUCAGCUGCACAGCCCAGAUCUUCCAAAGUCACCUUCCUGAGCCACUCGUUCCUCUUCGUGGAAAUCCCUGCCGACGCCGACACCAGCCUCCCGGUGUGGGAGGCCCUGAGGUCCAGGCAGGUGGACAUGAGCUGGACGGUCAACCCUUACAGCAUCAGCAUUCACGUGACGCCUGUGACGUCCAAGCAAGGGAACGCGUCGGCUUCCAGCAUAAAUGAGACCACGUCCAGCUCCACGUUCUCUCCCGGCGUCCAGUAUGUCCCCCAGCAACACAAUGUGCUGCUCCCCUUCUCCCAGAACAGCUCCUUGCUUCCAUGCCCCUUUAGUCACCACCAUGAAACACCUGCAGACCCUAAUCCAGCCACCGCCAUCGUCGCCCAGACCCAGCCCGACCAUCAGUCCAGCACGCCUACCAAGAACGAGGUCCCGAGCGCCAUCCUGACACCAACAUGUUCCCCCACCGUGCUGCAGACCCCGUCCACAGCGCCCGUCCCCGUGGCGUUCCACACAAAGAUUUCCCCCGACGUCGAGAUCUGCGACAGCUUCCUCUUGGGCAUUUGUCAGGCGGGGACAAGGUGUAAGAUGCACCACACUCGCUACCCGUUUCACUGGCAGCUGUGGAGCGUCGUCACCCACCAGUGGGUCGAUGUUUCCCCUCGCUCUCAGGUCUUACUGGAAAGGCUGUACUGCAAUGUCAAUAUUGAGACCGUUGUUCUCAAAGAAGGGCACGUCUGCUACAAUCUGGACUUUGACUCGAUGGAGUUGGAUGGUCCCUAUAAAUACGACAGCAUUAGACGACUGACAAACGCUGACAGUCCGGCCAGGAACCCUUACUAUCCCAGCAAGUGGAAAAUCUACUGGUGGAACAACCUCGGCUGGGAAGAGUACAAAUUGCAUCUGUCCACCUUGCUGCUAAACAUGAUGAGCGAAAAGGAGCCCGAGUGUUUCUUCCACAUCGGCUCAGAGAGGUACAAGGUGGACUUCACCGCUAUGCUCCAGACCAACAUCAGGACGGGGUUCCAGAGAGACGUUCGCUACAGACCCGUCUACCGAUCGCCUGAUCACAUGCAGCCGCACCUGCAAACAGGAAUCCAGUCCGACUCCACCCAACCCAUUCGCGAUCCUCCUGAUGCGAACUUCAACGUGGAUCCUCUGGAGGAGUUCAGCUCCUGGUACCCUCCAGUGUGGCGUCAGGCCUCGGAGCAGGAUUGCAGCAUCGUAGACGUUCCGGCCGGCACGCGGGCCUACAAGAGCAUCCAAAACCUCUUCUACGAGAGCAUGUCUGAGACGGCGGUGGACGUUAUCGGCAUCCAGCAGGUCCAGAACGUGCUCCAUUGGGACAAGUACCAAAGGCAGAAGGCACACAUGCAGAAGCAUCACACCAACUCUGAGGAACCUCUGGAGAGACACCUCUUCCAUGGGACAACCAGCGAGGCCUCAGAGGGCAUCUGCUACAACAACUUCGACCCUCGAAUGGCCGGGGUCAACGGGACUGCCUACGGUUUUGGCUCCUACUUCGCGACCACAGCUGUCUUGGCCAACCCAUAUUCAAACACAGAGGAGGCAGAUGAAGUCCAACACAUGUUCUUGGCCAAAGUCCUGGUGGGGAAGGUGACUCUGGGCAGCAGCAGCUACCACCGGCCGCCGCCGUGCAGCUCCAAGACAAAGCAGUACCACCUCUACGACGCCUGUGUUGACAAAUGGCACGAUCCCACCAUGUUUGUAGUUUUUGACAGCUGCCAGUGCUACCCAUACUACCUCAUCAAGUACAAAGACCUGCCCAGAGAGAUUUAUAUUUAACGAGAUAAAGUUCACAGGCAAGCAACCCGUUCAUUGUUCAGACAGGAAUAACAAUGCCUUUU